CACAUGUGCAAAACGAUGUUCGCAUGCGCUGGAAAUCGAAAUUUACAGAAUAUCCUUCAAUCAACAAAUAUUGUAAAUCAGAGAUACUUUUGAAUAGAAAAGUAGUGAAAAUAUCGUUAAUGUACGUCUGUAUCUGAAAGUGCAGUUCACUGUGGGACGCUUUCGAUAAAAAUGAAAUUACUAGUGAUGUGUACUCGAUAGAGACGAGCAUACUUGUAUGUGAUUGCUGAAAGAUUUAAACUUAAAGCAAUAAUGGAGUGCAUAGUGGCAAACGUAGAUCAUAUGCGAUUUGAUAUUGAAAUCGCUCUUGACGAACAAUAUGGAGCUCUUCCGUUACCUUUUACCGGAAUGGAUAAAUCCACUGCUGCUGUAUGCCAAUUUUAUCCAAGAGGUACUUGCGUUAAAGGAGCCUCCUGUCCAUUUAGACAUGUACGAGGGGAUCGUACAAUUGUAUGUAAACAUUGGCUAAGAGGCCUUUGUAAAAAAGGGGAUCAAUGUGAAUUUUUACACGAAUAUGACAUGACAAAAAUGCCAGAAUGUUAUUUUUACUCUAGAUUUAAUGCCUGUCACAAUAAGGAAUGUCCAUUCUUGCACAUUGAUCCAGAAACUAAGGUCAGAGAUUGUCCUUGGUAUGAUAGAGGAUUUUGUAGGCAUGGACCAUUAUGCAGACAUCGACACGUUCGUCGUGUUCUAUGUAUGGCAUACUUGGCUGGAUUUUGUCCCGAAGGUCCAAAUUGUAAAUUUAUGCACCCAAGAUUUGAAUUACCAGCAGUACAAGAUAUGCAACCUAAAGAAGGGAAGAAGGUGAUGAUUACGUGUCAUUUUUGCGGAGAAGGUGGUCAUAAAGCCAUUUACUGCAAUAAAAUGCCACCCGACGUGCGCGAAGCACAAGUUAGACAAGAAAUAGAAGGUAAUUCUCAUUCAGCGCAUCAUAUGAACAUGCAUAACGGACCGCCUCCUCGAGGACCGCAAAAGCCACUCGAAGAAGUCACUUGUUACAAAUGUGGAACUAAAGGUCACUAUGCUAACAAAUGUCCAAAAGGGCACUUAGCAUUUUUAAGUCACGCAGGAGGUAGCGGAGGUGGAAGUCAAAAUCAAAAUUAUCGUAGAUGAUUUUACUUAUUUUAUUUGUGUAACAUCGAUAUUGUGAUUUUAUUUUAUUCUAGUAAGAUCACUUACCUGUAAAAAUUUCUUUAUUGCAUAGUAAAAUAAGUUCAAUAAAAUGAAAUUUAACAUUGACUCUUAAUCCACGGAU